AUGACGAUAAUUAAGUCCCAAUCAUGGGCUCCUCUUUUACUUUGCUUCGUUGGUCUUGUUCUUGCGACUGCUGUUGUAACCGCACCACCACAAGCUACCAUCAAGGCAUUGGAAGAGCAGCAGAUUUACUUGCCAGCAACUCCAACUUACGUCACCGCUGUCGUGGAAUUCUUUUCCCAACCCACGCAGCUUAACAUUUCACAUAUUGAAUUCAAAACCAUUUCACGGCAAGACUAUUGUCAAGAUGACUCUUCCAAAAACAAGUAUUGCGAUGUAUCGAAUACUGUCAUGGAGACGUCGGUGCCUCGAUACCUUCAUUUGGUAUUGCUCUAUCAGCCACCUGGUUGCAUCAAGGAUUCCACUGCGCAAAUGUGCGAUUGGACCCAUUUGGGUGUUGGAAGUAGUAACAAUAAUAAUCCAGAAUCCAAAGAUGAUGUUUGCUGUACGCUGAAAAAACAACAAGCAGGCCAAUGUCAGAAUUUGUCACGACUAAUUCUGAAUCCUGAUAAGCUUAUAGGACAAGAGCAAUCCCUCUUGGUCCCAUCGAAAGUGAAUAAGAGGUUUGCAUUGGGCGACCAUCAUCGACAGCAAGGGCAUCAUCAAAAUCAGGAACAACAGCAAGGGCUCUUUGAUAUACCAACAGCUGGAGAGUACGCCUUUCUCAUGGCCAAUUGCAAUGAAAAUGGAUGGGAUCUGCUUUCGUUGCCUCGAAUAAUUGUAAAGCCGACUCCAUCAUACCUGGAAGGUUUGAUCGACUACUAUGCCAGUCUGACCUUUUACCACUUUGCAUUGUGCUUGACCUAUGUCUUUGCCAUUGUUAUGGCUAUUCAAGACAAGGUUUUGCCCAUUCAAAAGUGGCUUGUGGCAACGAUGGCAGUGGCGGCCUUUGAUAUUCUUUUCAAAUGCAUCGAUUACAAGUACUAUUGGGAUGCAGAACCAAAUGAUUCUUGGUUCAAUAUAUAUACCCUCUCGGUGACAAUGAGCGUAUUGAAACGGGGAUUUUCCAUUUGCAUAGGAGUCAUGGUAGCCAAGGGCUGGGGAAUGGUUUGUACAAGUCUCGGUGGUAGUGCUUUGGCCAUUGCCAUAUUUGGGUUCCUGUACACUGGAAUUGUUUUCGUUCAUGAUAUUUCGAAUGCGAUCGGGGAAGCCAACCUUGAGAAUGAAAGCCGAGAGCAAGGGGCAGAUUUAACGGCAACGGAGGGCACACUUGGUUUUGUCAUCUUUUUUAUGGAUAUUGUGUUUGCUAUUUGGAUUCUUGUUUCAAUCAGGGUCACCAUUGUCCAUCUAAAGUCUGUUGGUCGAUAUGACCAGAUGCCACACCACCGAAUACUGGGAUGCUUACUGGCGGUUUUCAUGCUUGCCAUUGCGCCAGCUUGGAUCAUUCAGUUUGUCGACAAGUUUGAAAAGAGUCCAACUCUUACAGAAGAGCAAUGGAAUUACAUGAAUGCGACAGUCCAAGGGAUCUACACCAUCACAUUGACGGGGAUUGCGAGCUUGUGGAUACCAAAAAGAAAAGCUUCAAACUCACAACAAGAGGAAGCUAUGGAAAUGAAAGAGCUAAACAAUGUAACUGAUGCCUAUAGCGAUAACCUUGCUCCUACGGGAGAAGAGGAGGACGACGAGGACGAGGCAAUAAGGCCAAUAGAUUUGGACAAUGAUGGGAACGAUCCAGACUAUCCAAAUGGUCUUGCAGUUGAAAACGGACACUUAUCUUAG